CCUCAGGCGGGCCCAUUUAAAGAAAGGCGGAGGGCGAAGGGAGGCAAGAGAAGAAAGAGAAGCCAGGGGAGGGGGCGGGCGCCGUCCAAUGACAAAGCCCCGGGGUGGGCGCCCGCCGCCGCCGCCAUCUUGAACCGGGCGGCAGGACCUCCAGCGCGUCCUCCGCCCCGAGGGGGAGGGGCGGCGAGGCGAGCGAAGUAGCGAGCGGCGCCGGGCGGAAGGCGCCGGCAGCAGCAGGCGGGCGGCGCCGCGGAGCGGGGCGCGGGCGGGAGGCGGCGGGCGGCCCCCGAGCGGCCUCCGAUGCGACGCGGCGCGAAGAGGCGGCGGCGCCGGCCCCGGGCCGCCUGGGGCGGCGGCGGCGACUGCGGAGGGGAAGGAGGGGCCGGGCUGGAGGCGCCGGAGGAGAAGGUGGUGUACUCGCGGUCGCAACUGUCGCUGGCCGGCAGCACCGAGGCGCUGGGCGACGCCUUCAAGCUCUUCAUGCCCAGCAGCACGGAGUUCAUGAGCUCGGAAGCGGAGCUCUGGAACUUCCUCUGCAGCCUCAAGCACCAGUUCUCCCCGCACAUCCUGCGCAGCAAGGACGUCUACGGCUACUCCUCGUGCCGGGCGCUGGUGCCCGACCUCCCGGCGCCCGCCGGCCGCCCCGCGCGCCGGCCGCGCCCGCGCGCCACGGAUACCCUUUCCUUGGGCCACAGUUACAUCUCAGAGCUGUGUGAUUCCUGUUCCCCGUGUCUCAGGAUGCACUUCCACUGGGAUACCUCCCCUUCUCAGAGCGGUGUGGUUCCUAGGAUCCUGAGUCCCAGGACUCCUCCCCAUAUGAGCAGGAAGGCCAACAGCGUCAGCAGUUCCAGUUUGGUUGCUGAAGGCCUGAAGGAUUCCUGA